CACAGGUCUCAAUUUCUACAUCUUAACGUAGAAGUGAAGCUAUACCUCCCCCCUCCCUCCCUCCGUAGCAGUUGCAUUGGCAGAUAUGACGGAUGAACCUGAAAGUAGUAGGCAGAAAGAGGUCAACAGUAAAAUUGACAAUCAAGUUGCUCCGGAUGGCAAGGAUGAUGUUGUCGAUGGGAAAGAAGAAGGGUUAGCUUCCCAAACCUAUGAUAGUUUACGAAUGCAUACUGAGGUUGAUGUUUUGCAAAUGAAAUUCAAUUCAGAGGAGGAUGCUUAUUCUUUCUACAAUGCAUACGCUAGGGUCAUCGGUUUUAGCGUACGAAGAAGUAGGAAACGAAUUUGUGGAGACAAUAAAUUUGUUGAGAGUAGGAAAUGGGUUUGUUCAAGGGAAGGUGUAAGAGAGAAGAAAUACUUACAGCGUGUGGAACGGGUGAGAACUCCCAGGGCAGAAACUAGACUUUUUUGUAGUGCCACAUUUCGUGUGCGUUAUGACAAGACAAUUAAAAAAUAUGUUGUGACCCACUUUGUAGGGGAACACAACCAUCCCUUGGCAGCACCACACUGCGUCCCUUUUCUUUGGUCACAUAGGUUUGUAACAAGUGCAGACAAAGCUCAAGCAAAGGCCAUGCGCAAUGUGGGUAUGAGAACGAGUCAAAUCAUGGAUUUUAUGGUCCAUUAAUCAGGGGGUUAUGAGAAGGUGGGCUUCAUUCACAGAGAUUUGCACAACCAGUUCCAAGCUGAGCGCAAAGUACAACUCGCAGAAGGGGAUGCAGAGGGUGCCUUAGGAUACUUAUCAGCUAAACUAGAUUCAGAUCCAUUAUUUUUUUUCAAGUACAACGUCGAU